AUGACGACCGCCACCACCCCCACCAUCUCGGACGCAGAGUACCUCUCGCGCACGUACGCCGGCGUGCUGGGCAAGCUCAUCGGCGUGUACCUCGGCCGGCCGUUCGAGGGCUGGUCGCACCAGCGCAUCGUCGAGGAGCUGGGCCACAUCAAGUGGUACGUGCACGAGAAGAAGGGCGUGCCGCUCCUCGUCACCGACGACGACGUCUCGGGCACCUUCGCCUUCAUCCGCGCGCUCGAGGAGCACCCGCUCGACAAGACGGGCCUGCUGCCUGCCUCGGCGAUCGGCAAGACGUGGCUCAACCAGGUCGUCGAGCGCAAGAGCGUCUUCUGGUGGGGCGGUAACGGCAUCAGCACCGAGCACACGGCCUACAACAACCUCAAGAAGGGCAUCCCCGCCCCCGCGUCCGGCAGCAUCGCGGUCAACGGCACGACUGUCGCCGAGCAGAUCGGCGCCCAGAUCUUCAUCGACGGCUGGGCCCUCGUCAACCCCGGUAACCCGGCCGAGGCGGCGCGCUUCGCCGAGCAGGCCGGCAAGGUCUCGCACGACGGCGAGAGCGUGUACGCUGCGCAGCUGUGGGCUGCGAUGGAGGCCGAGGCGUACGUCUCCUCCGACAUCGACCACCUCCUCGACACUGGUCUGUCCUUCAUCCCCGCCAAGUCCAAGAUUGCGCGCUCGAUCGCCGAGGUCCGCGCCUGGGUCAAGGAGGACAACGACUGGCUCGUGACGCGCCAGCGCGUCGAGGACAAGUACGGCUACGACAAGUUCCCGGGCUUCUGCCACGUCGUGCCCAACCACCUCAUCAUGAUCAUGUCGGUGCUCUACGCGCCGCACGACUUCAGCCUCGCGAUGGAGAUUGUCAACACGUGCGGCUGGGACACGGACUGCAACUCGGGCAACGUCGGCUGUUUCGUCGCCAUCAUGCUUGGCCUCGACAAGGCGUUCACCAAGGCCUCGCCCGACUGGCGCGAGCCCCUCGCCGACCGCGCGAUCAUCUCGAGCGCCGACGGAGGCUACUCGAUCAACAACGCCGCACGCAUCACGUACGACAUUGUCAACAUGGGCCGCGCGCUCCACGGCAAGGCUCCUCUCCCGCAGCCAAAGGACGGCGCCCAGUUCCACUUCACCCUCCCCGGCUCGGUGCAGGGCUUCCAGGUCACCUCGGGCGACGCCAAGGCGUACCAGGCUGACGACGCGCUCGUCAUCGACCUGAACGCCGCCGCCGGCCCCGUCGAGGUGUCCACCGGCAUCUCGGCGCCAAAGGACACGGAGAACAUGCCCGGCGUGUACCUCCUCUCGUCAUCGCCCCUUAUCUACCCCGGCCAGAAGCUCAAGGCUGUCCUGCGUGCCGGUGAUGACCUUUCCGCGCCUGUCACCGCGCGCAUCCGCCUGCAGGUCUUCAACGCCGAGCACGUCGCCAAGCCCGUCGACAGCGACACCAGCGUCACCCUCACCCCCGGCGACAGCAAGCUGCACGAGCUCGAGUGGACUGUUCCCCAGGGCGACGGCUGGCCCAUCGUCUCGGCCGGUGUGCUCCUCACCCCUGCGUCGGCCAACGGCAACAGCAACGGUGCGGCUGCUCACACGAGCAAGAUCUACCUCGACAGCUUCCGCUGGACCGGCCAGCCCGACUUCACUGUCAUCCGCCCAGCAGACAAGGGCCGCGGCCAGACCUUCUGGGACCUCGCGUGGGUGCAGAGCGUGAGCAACUGGGCCGGCACGCCCACCACGACGCUGUACAUCGGCCAGGAUGUCGGCGAGGGCAUCGUCAUCCAGGGCACGCGCGACUGGACCAACUACCGCGUGACCGCCAAGGACGUGAUCGUGCGCUACGGACCCCGGGCCGGUGUGGCCAUCCGCGCGCAGGGCCUCAAGCGCUGGUACGCUGUCCAGUUCGCCACUGCCGCCGACGGAUCGACAUAUGUUGCGAUUGUUAAGGCCCUCGACGAGCAGCGCAUCGAGCUCGCCGUCGCGCCCUUCAAGUGGGCGAUCGACGAGUCCUACGACGUCGCGAUUGAGGCCGAGGGCGCCACCAUCAAGGCGACGGUCGGUGAUGUCGUCCUCACUGCCUCGGACGACCAGUACGCCGGUGGUGGCUUCGGCCUCGUCGUCAACGACGGAUCAGUGUCCACUGGCACUAUCCGCAUCCAGCCCGUCCAGUAG